AUGGCAACACGCGCUGCACCUCGGGGCGCUGACGAGGAGGUGGCAGCUACAGCGCGCGCUCCCUCCGGAGCUACCGCGCGGCCCAGCAGCCUAAGACGCCACAGCCUCGGGGCCCGUGGGGCGCAGCGCUCUGGCUCCCUCGUCUGGGGAGCCGUUGGCCGGAGCCGUCGCCGCCGGGGGGUAGUUUCCCGGCCAGUGAGCGCCUCCCCGGGCGAUGGGGCCGACAGCCCGGGCCACGGCGCGGCGGGGGUGACCGCGGGGGCUCGGCCCGACCCCUCCUGGGCCGCAGUCCCGGGUCCCGAGGGCGAGGCGUCGCGGCGCCGGCAGCAUCCGACGCAGCGGCGGCGGCGGCAGCGGCAGAAGCAGCAACAGCAGCAGGAGGACGAGGAGAAGCGGCGGCGCAGUGCGGGACCGGACCCGGCAUUGGGCGAGCGAUGCGCGGAGGCUGCCCCACCGCCGCCCCCGGUCGCCCCCUCGCCUCCUCGAGUCCACAAAGCUUGGUCGCGGCGGCGGCGGUCGUCCAUGGAGCUCGAGAACCUUUUGGCCAACUCGAUGCUGCUGAAAGCGCGCCAAGGAACUGUGGGAGGUACUGGAGUGAACCAUGAACUCGGCAGAAAAUUUGCCUUUGAUGAGGUGACAGGAGGAUAUGGCAAAAAAAUCGGUCGUAGUAAAAAUUGGAGGGCGAUGCUGAAGCUGCCCCCCGUCACCCAGUGCAGCAAGCUUCGACAUUCGAUUGGACACAUCCGGAUUUCAGAUCUUGGUUUAGCCGUGGAGAUCCCGGAAGGGGAGACCAUCCAAGGAAGAGUCGGAACGCUCAGCUACAUGGCUCCCGAAGUUCUCAAUCAUGAAAGGUAUAUAUUCAGUCCUGGUUGGUGGGGACUUGGCUGUCUGAUAUACGAAAUGAUUCAGGGACAGUCUCCGUUCAGAAAAUUCCGAGAGAAGGUCGUUAGGGCGGAGGUGGAGCGGAGAGUGAAGGAGGAGGCAGAGCGGUACUCCGAGAAGUUCUCCGAGGACUUCUCCGAGAAGUCGCGCUCGGGGAGGGCGGGACUACUCACCAAGGAUCCCAAGCAGCGCCUGGGCUGCAGGGGCGAAGGAGUGGCUGAAGUCAAGGGACACCCUGUGUUCAGGGACAUUAACUUCAAGAGGCUGGAGGCCCACGUGUCAGACCCCCCUUUCCGUCCUGACCCGCAGGUGGUUUACUGCAGGGACGUCCUGGACAUCGAGCAAUUCUCCUCGGUGAAGGGCAUCCGCCUGGACAGCACCGACUGCACCUUCCACAGCCAGUUCGUCACGGGCUGUGUCUCCAUCCCCUGGCAGAGCAAGAUGACCGAGUCUGAAUGUUCCAAGGACAUCAACGAAAGGGGAAAUGUGGCAUUAGAUCCAGAAGAGAAGACAUAUCAGCCAGCUCCCAGACAGAAGAGAGGCUUCCUCCACAGACUCUUUACUCGCGGGUCUGAGUUGCACGUCUCCAUGCCCAAGUGAGAGCCCUGACAGAGACAACAAAUCCAGAGGCUGGAAGUCUGAGAUCAGGGUACCAGCAAGGGUGGUUUCUGCUGAGAACCCUCUUCCGGGUUGUAGACUGCCAACUUUUUGUUAUACCCUUACAUGGCAGAGAGCAGAGAGGGGAAGCAAGCUCUCCCAUGAAUCUUACAAGGGCACUAAUCCAUUCAUGGGGGCUCUACCAUCAUGACCUCAUCUAAUUAUCUGAGUAAUGGACAAAUAACAUGAUGAUUGAAAAUGAAAAUAGAGUGAACCAUAGAAAGAUAUUGAAGAAAAUCUUCAUCUUAUUACUGGAGACUAAAUUACCAGGUUCCCAAGAGAUAGAACUUACGACAUUUUGGUCACAGUACAGUACAAAGUACAGUAAUAGAGGCGGCAAAGAUGGGAGGAAUGGAAGCAGUCAAGAGAACAGAAAAUAGUAAAUAAGAACAAAAAGGAUCAGAGAGAAAAUGAGAGCUACUCUGAUUUUACAUUCUUUGUGGGAUACAUUUUAAAGACAUAGAGAAACUUGUAGACGUUUGAAUUGGAUGCACAGCAAUGUGAAUGUGAAUGUACUUAAUGCCACCGAACCGUAUACUUAAAGACGGUUAAAACGAUCAACUUAGGGACUUCCCGGGUGGUCCAGUGGUUAAGACUCCACACUCCCAGUGUAGGGGGCCCAGGUUCGAUCCCUGCUCAGGGAACCAGAUCCCGCGUGCUGCUACUAAGAGCCCGCAUGCUGCAACUAAAAAGAUCCCACAAGCCACAAUGAAGAUAUUGCAUGCGGCAAUGAAGAUCCUGCGUGCUGCAACUAAGACCCAGCACAGCCAAAUAAAUAUUUUUUAAAAAAUGGUCAACUUUAUGUACUGUAUAUUUACCAUAAUAAAAAAGAAUGAAAAAAGUUGAA